AUAACUUGGCACCGUGGACGUUUACCCCUUACUCGUUUGGGAACAUUUCAACCAUUGCAGUCUUCACCGAACUUCAAGUGUGCUGCGGGACACUGAUUCUUCAUGACUUUCGAUGAGUAUGAUGAAUAUGACCUUUCCGAAUUUACAUCAGAAGAAUUAACCGCCGUGGACGCCAACGUCUCUCACAUGCUGCGCUCCACCCCUGAGCAUCCUGCUUCGUCUGCUGGUCCAAAGAUACAAAUAACAUUGGAGCAAAGUAACGUGGUGACUGCCUCUACGACUGCCAGCUCCACGUUUCUUUUUAUAUCUCCAGCGGCGGAUAGUCCGUACUCCCAGUUUCGUUCUUGGAAAAAGGCGUUCUCUGUCACUGACUUGGUCGGUCCCGCCUGGUGUGAGCUUCAAUAUGAAUAUGGCCUCCUCGGCAAGAAAGAUAAGCCGCCCCAUUUGCGACCUUCUUCCUUCAUGUCUAGGAGUGGCAAGCAGGUGCACGUUCAAUGCGAUAGAGCUACAAGAAGUGACCGCAGGCUUAAGCGAGGAAAGUCUACUCAUCAAGCUCUGGAAGAUGAGCUACACCCGGUGAAGGUGAUCGUCGCAGCAAAUACACCAGAAGAACGCUUCGGACUGCGGAUCGCACAAUUGAUUACUGGCUUUAACGAGGUCAUCGUCAGUGGAAAAACGAGAGAAUUACCUGUUUUUGGAAUUAUUCAUGGACACCCUGUUGUUGGAGUCAUCGAUGAGGUCGUCCAAGUUCGCACAGCUUCAGAAAGCGCGGACAAAUUUGGUGGGGGUGCAAAGUCACCUUCGAGCAACGGCGACCCUAGAGAACACCUGCAAUUAUCCAACACAUCCUCGCAAGACGCUUAUACACUUGGGCUCAUCGAUUACAAGACGCGUCGAGCAGAAUACUUACCUCCCGAAGAGGAUAGUCGCUCACCGAAACUACAGCUCAUGCUCUACCACCGCAUGCUGGCAUCCCUGCUCACUCCUGGGAUGGUUGAUUUCCCUCUUCUCUGGAGUCUCAUGGACCUCGAUCCUAACAGACCUUUCUCUCGCCAGUUUGUAUGCGAUAUAGAAUUGGGGGAUGCUACGUCAGGUGGAGAGCUCUCCAUGGACUUGAAUUCUCUGGUAUCCGAAUGGGUUGCAAUUGUCCACAGAGAGAAAACAGAGGAGGGCCGCCUGAAGGGAGUAAAUACAGAACUAGAACUGAUCUACCGCCGGGCGUUGAACCUGACUGAUAACCAAGGCAAGGAGCACGUGGAACUGAACGAUCCGUUGCAGGCUCUUGCGCUUGAAGAGCAGCUAGUCAUAGCCCGCGCUGUUGCAGAGAAGCUACCUGAAUCCGGUGUGGAGGGAGAAGGUGCUAGCAACAUCGCCAACACAAUCGCAGAAAAGAUUAAGCUUCCUUACCCUCCAGAGCAUUAUCCUUCCGCCUGGUCCGAGCUAAUCGGUGCUAGUUCCGACCAAGAGAAUGUUGCUCUUCAGUGGGCAAUCCAAGAUUCUCUUUUGUCUUGCGCAGAACAAGCAAGGAUGACGUGGUACCACUCGAAAAAUGAACUCGUUUCUCAAGGCGUCGGCUCCUCCAGUGCGCCCGUAUUUACUGAAACGAAACACCAGGGUCAAGAGUCAGAUGUAUCCAAAAUGUCACCAAUUAUCGGGACAAGGAAGUUCCCAAUGGACGACGCCCAGCUUGACUCCCAUCUUGCCGACAUUCUUCAAUGGUGGAUGGGCAGCCGUAAACCUAGAGGGGUCACGGUUGCCCAUACCUAUCGAUGCUUUACUUGUGAAUACCAAGGGUCGUGUGAAUGGAGGGAGGAAAAAGCCACCGAGGUAGCCGCUGCUGCGCUUGAACGGAGGCGACAGUAAGAUGUACUUGAACGUUAAGGCAGUUUAGCUGCUGACUCGAACAAGUUGCCUAGCGAUGGACACUCAUUGCAUGUAGCCGGGAAUAAUGUAUUGGACUAUUGGUUUAAGAGGACAUUUCAAUAUAUAGUAGCUAAAUAUGGAGGGU